AAACAACCAGAGCAGCAAGGCGAUCUCGCUCGCAUCUGCAAGCAAGAAUUAUCCUAGCCUAUGACGAAGGACGUGGUUGUCGAGCACGGGGAGAGCUCCAAGGCGCCCCUGGUGGCGCCGGUGGCGUCGGGCGUCGGCCGCGCCGCGUCCGUUGCCGACGUCUUCCUCCGGUUCCUCGCCAUCGUCGGCACCAUCGCCAGCGCCAUCGCCAUGGGCACCACCAACGAGACGCUCCCCUUCUUCACGCAGUUCAUCCAGUUCGAGGCCAAGUACAGCGACCUGCCGUCCUUCACGUUCUUCGUGGCGGCGAACGCGGUGGUGUGCACGUACCUGGUGCUGUCCAUCCCGCUCUCCAUCGUGCACAUCGUCCGGCCCAGGGCGCGCUACAGCCGCCUGGUCCUCGUCUUCUUCGACGCGGCGAUGCUGACCCUGCUGACGGCCGGUGCGUCGGCGGCGGCGGCGAUCGUGUACCUGGCGCACAAGGGCAACGUGCGGGCCAACUGGUUCGCCAUCUGCCAGCAGUUCGACUCCUUCUGCGAGCGCAUCUCGGGCUCCCUCAUCGGCUCCUUCGCCGCCAUGGUCCUGCUCAUAAUGCUCAUCUUCCUCUCCGCCUUCGCGCUCGCCAGGCGCCACUGAUCCAUGAUCGAGCACCACGCAUCAGCCGGGGGCCAUCCCAACGAAGAUGAAGCCUUGGUCGAUCUGAUCGUGCAGUGCAUGCAGCAAUACUAAGGCAUGCGUCUGCUUCUCUUUGUGUGGUUUCUUUUUCCACAGUGAUUCUUCGUUUGCUCCUUGCUGGUCUGCACUGCUUCCUCUCUGUAUAACUCUGUUCCUCCGGUGUGGUCCUCCAACUAUAAAGGACGAGUCCGGUUCAGGUUUGUAGUGUGACGGUUAUUAUGUUCGAAAACAAAGGGAAGUUCUCAUAUUAUACAGUGCACGGUGAAUUUGUUA